AUUUGAAUGAGUCCUGGAUAAAUCCUGAUUCAUCAUAGACCUCAAACCUGUUUUUAGUAGGUGGCACAAGCAGUUAUUUUUGUGAGCUUUUCUAUAAAGGUCCCAAAGGAACUCAUUAUGGUCUCGCACCAUCCCUCUGGACACCAGUGUCUUGAUGUGACAUCACUUCCAGUAAUUAAUGCAGAUCUGUCUCAGUUUGGUCUGUAAUGAAAUGGCAAUAAAACAGAAUUUAACAAAUAAAGGUGCGAGAGUAUCACACCUUCCAUUGCAGACAAAACAUGAAGUACAUAGACACACAACACACACAUGCAGGUACACACCUAUAGGUUUGGUUGGCCAGGCCUACCUGACUGGCUGGGCAGGUCUGUGCCCACGCCCGUACCUGCGAGCUGUCGGUGAACACCUCCCCACAAUGUGUGUGUAUUGACUGAGCUCACAGUCAGUCAGCUGAAAUCACCAGCACUGCUCAGUGCAUCUGCCACAACACUGCAGAUAAACUCAUUAAUCAGGUGUCUUUUGAGGAAGUUUUUUCACUAAAUUACCACUAACAAUGUCCAAAGAGGGGGACAGACAGUCAGUUUUACGGACCACAAAGGUCCGCACCGCUUUGAAAGGAGAUGGCAGCUGGAUACAGAGACGACAGCAAGAAAAUCCUGAGGGAGAGGAGGAGAAACCAUGGAUCGCUGAGGUGCGAGCAAACCGCUCAAAUGGUGUAGAUGAAGGAAUAAGUACUGAUUCUUCACCCACGGUCAAUGUGCCCCAGCCCAAAUCCGACACAGAGCAAUCAAAAACUUCUGCAUCUGGAUACAUAAUAAGAGGGGUAUUCAGAAAAACCGAUUCCAAGCCAACAUCCACUCCAUCCACUCCAUCCACCAAUGGAUAUGCCGGAAUAAAUAGCUUCACCAAAAAGCCUUCUGAUAGUUACAAGAAAAUAGCCCCGCACACAAUUCGGCCGAGCAAUGAAAAGACAGUGCUCUCUGAACCAACUCUGAGUUCAGAGGAAAUGGAAAAGAGGAAAGAGGCCGCCAGCAGUGUGCUGAAAAGUUCGGCAGCAAAUCGCCGUUCAUACGUAAUGUCUGCUGCAAAGAAAUAUGAAUCUUCAGAGAAACCAGACAAAUCUGAUGAGACGAGCACAUCCUUUGUGGCCAAAAGGGUAGUUAUCGGUGAUGAUGAUGCCAUUACAGCAUCUGUUCAGUCUGUGCCUCAGCAAAGUGUUAAAUCAAGCUUUGAAGAACUCCCUGCACCAGUGGUGAAGGAGGUCAAGCCAGCAGCACCUGAAACUAAAUCUGAACCUAAGCCUACACUUAGUACAGAACCUAAAACUACACCUGCUCCUAAACCAGUACUUGAAACAAAAACAGUAUCUGAACCUAAGCCAGUGAUUGAAACUAAACCUACAACACAAACUAAAAUAACAACUGAAGCUAAACCAGCGCUGGAAAACAAAACACAGCCUAAAACAGCAUCUGAACCUACGACACAAAAUAAAGCCGUCACUGAACCUAAACCCACAUUAGAACCUAAACCAGCAGCUGAAACUAAACCUACCAUACAACUUACAACAGCAUCUGCAACUAAACCAGCAGCUGAAACUAAACCUACAACACAAACUACAACAGUAACUGAACCUAAACCAGUGGCUGAAACUAAACCUACAGCACAAACUAAGACAGUAACUGAACCUAAACCAGUGGCUGAAACUAAACCUACAGCACAAACUAAGACAGUAACUGAAUCUAAACCCACACCUGAACCUAAACCAGUGGCUGAAACUAAACCUACAACUCAAACUACAACAGUAACUGAACCUAAACCCACAUCAGAACCAAAAUCAGUCGCUGAAACUAAACCUACCACACAACUUACAACAGCAUCUGCAACCAAACCAGCAGCUGAAACUAAACCUACAACACAAACUACAACAGUAAUUGAACCUAAACCCACACCUGAACCUAAACUAGUGGCUGAAACUAAACCUACAGCACAAACUACAACAGUAAUUGAACCUAAACCCACACCUGAACCUAAACUAGUGGCUGAAACUAAACCUACAGCACAAACUAAGACAGUAACUGAAUCUAAACCCACAUCAGAGCCAAAAUCAGUCACUGAAACUAAACCUACCACACAACUUACAACAGCAUCUGCAACUAAACCAGCAGCUGAAACUAAACCUACAACACAAACUACAACAGUAAUUGAACCUAAACCCACACCUGAACCUAAACUAGUGGCUGAAACUAAACCUACAACUCAAACUACAACAGUAACUGAACCUAAACCCACCUCUGAACCUAAACCAGUGGCUGAAACUAAACCUACAGCACAAACUAAGACAGUAACUGAACCUAAACCUACAUCUGAACCUAAACUAGUGGCUGAUACGAAACCUACAACACAAACUACAACAGCAACUGAUCCUAAACCCAAAUCAGAACCUAAACCAGUUGAAACUAAACCUCCAACUGAAACUAAAACAGGACCUGAACCAAAACCAGCAGCUGAAACUAAACCUACGACACAAACUAAAACAGCAACUGAUCCUAAACCCACAGAACCUAAACCAGUGACGGAAACUAAACCAGCAUCUGUAUCCAAGCCUGAGCCGGUUCCAGAAAAAAGUGCUAAAAGCCUGAUUGGCCUGUCUGACACCCUGAUAUCCUUCAACACAGAGCCUGCCAGUUCUGGCCAGGUGAAUCCAGGAAUAGAUCUUCUCAGUCAGGAUCUGCUCAUAGACAGUCCUCUGCCUCAGACAAAGCAAACACAAAAAAGUCUGGACCUGCUUGCAGAUGAUCUUAUUCCCUUCAACACUAGUACCACCAGCUCAGCUGAUAUACUUGAUCCAAUACGGGCAGAGGGUGAGCCCACAAAGAGUCCUCAAUGGUACCGUCCUCCUGUACUGGACUCAAGUUCCACAGAUACAAUCAAUAGUUUUCAGAAUCCUAUAGACUUGGUUGCUGAUAUGCCACCAGAUGUUUUGGCUUCCUUGGCUGAAGAUGUCAUUCCAUUUGACACUAAUAGGAGUGAGUGGAGCACAAACAUGGACGGUAACAAAACCAGCACCAAAACAGUGGAGAGUUCUAUCCCGGAGAAGUUACCAGAAUCUGAAUCCAAGAAGGGGUUUGUCUUUGUUAAGGAAUAUUUGAACAAUUCCCCUCUUGAUGGCAGCAGCUCUGACUAUCCCUCAUAUAGUACCACUGACUAUGUGUCUUCAACAACCUCCAGCUACAACUACAGCAGCCCCAGCUACUACCCCAGAAGAGAUGUUACUCCCUGUACUUUCUGUGGAGAAAUGGUGGGAAAUGAUGCCAAAAUCACCAUUGAGCACCUAAACAUAUACUGUCACCCACACUGCUUUAAGUGUGGUAUUUGCAGUAAACCAAUGGGAGAUUUGCUCUACAACAUGUUUCUCCACCGUGGGACAGUCCACUGUGAGAGCUGCUAUUCCAAUGUGCUAUAAGAAGAUCUGCUUACGCCGCCUGAAAUACUCGUAACAAUUUUUUCUGAUGCAAAACAAGUUCCUAUUCAUUACUGAUACAAAAGAUGUAAGCAUAUUCUAUAACACUGUAGAAUACCUUCUGAAUGUUUAUUAAAAGGUUUUCUAGUGCUAGAAUAGUAGGAACGCUUGUUACAGGAUUUAUUUUUUUUUAUUCUGUUCCUUUAAAUGUUUAGUCAUCAAGACAACAAGAAUGUAUGUGUAUUUAAUCAGAAACCAAUUUAAAGAAAUAUUACCGUUUCAGUAACUGUUAUGAAUAUGUAGCCUGCAUCUCUAUUCACAAUUACUGUAAAGCAACAUUCAUGAAUAAAGUUGUAUUCUCCUUUUA